AUGGCCCACUAUCAAAAUGGCCAUCCGGUCUAUGGCCAACCAAACAGUCCUCCCUCUACCAACGCCCGUCCUGGCCGCUACACGACUGUGCAGAACAAUAAUAAUCCAUCACUCCGAAGGAUGCCGAGUUACGAUGUGGGGGAUGAUGCGGCACUCUCCCAGAACAUGCGAACAGCAGAUACAAAUGCUCGAUAUACUACCAGCUGGUCCAGUGCAGGCGAGGACUACAAUCAUGCCGACCCUCGAUACGCCCACCUCCCCGACUCCAAUCCGUCUCAGAUCCCCCGCAACCGCGCCUCGUCUCAGUCGGCCUACCAGUAUCAGUACACCUCGUCGCUCGCAUCCCCCAGCCAGCAAUCCUAUAAUCCCCAGCAAUAUGCCGUUCCACCUACCCCCUCGUCACAGCUGUCCUAUCAAACCCUGGCGUACUCCGGCUCCAACAGCGCGUACAGCGGUGGUUCCAGCGCUGCCACGGCCACCACCGUUGGCCAUCAGCCAUACAAUCCCGCGGCGUAUCAAACAACCGCAUCAAGCGUGGCCGGAUAUAAUCUGCAGCAGCCUAAUUCCGCCUACCCACAACAAUCUCCUCCCACUCCCCUCGUCUACCCUCCUCAUCCAAACCUGCCGCCGCCGCCGCCGCCACCUCGAGCACCCGAUCAUCCCUAUGGAGGUCGUCCAGCUCCGGCGUCGUCGUACGGCUUCCCAACACAACAGUCGACCCUGAUGCCCACCUACCCUCUGGCAUCCUCUUCCAACUCGAAUGCCACCUAUGCCGUUGGGGGCUCCAUGAGCGCAGGCGGGUUGAACUCGACAGCCUACUCUUCUGGUUACCUGCCUCAAUCCCCUCGCCGAUCUGAGCCCGUCAUUGCAUCCUCCUUGGAAGAUCAACCCCCGGAGCCGCCCGCUCAUUCGAUCCCUAGCGAUGACCCGUAUCGAAAACGACUCAGCUUUUCCCGUCCAGUGUCGGGUCGGUCGCUUCCCUCCCCACCCAUCCGUCGUACCCAAUCACCCCGGUCGCCCCAGCGAAACGACGCCCUAAGUCGACAUCCUCACUCUCGUCCCUUGCCCGGUCCGCCCGUCGACGUGGAGGCCGAUCCGGCCUCGUUUGCAAAUGGCACGGGGGUUUUACACGGUGGACCUGACGCGAGACUGCACUAUGACUAUGAUGCAAUGGACGGCACGGAGGCCACAGGGGUGGAUGACAGACUCUCGGCUGGAUUACCACAAGAAGUUGGACAGCUGCACCUGGAUACGCAGAACAAUCCCUUCCGUGCAGCGGACGAUGUCUCGCAGAACAUACCCCCCAACCUGCGUCUCUCCCCCGACGAGCGGCACACCCAUACAAAUGGCAAUAUGGCAACUGGCACGGGGCAGUAUGUGAACUACGAUGCGUACAGUGAUGAUAGUGAAGCCGAAGCGGAGGCAGGACUGGCAAUGCUGAAGAUGGCGGAGGAGGAAGAACGGGCCCAUGAGGAGCGUCUGCAGGAACGCUCGCGCCGUGAGACGAAUGCCUCCAUUAUCAGCGCCUAUGCCGAGCACCGGCCCGAUGAGACAGCGCCGUAUGCGACCAGUUAUCGUGGGCAGUCCCAGUACGGCGGAGCAGGUUAUGCCGUGGAGGGCGCCGAUGUGCCCGACCAUGGCCGUCUGAUGGCCACGUCUGGCUCGCUCCGGAGUUCCAACGUGUCCGCAGAUGACCGUGCUGAGUACUCAGAUGACUACGACCAUCCCCCGAUCACGCAGGACUCCGGAAAUUCAUUCCAGCCGAUGCCCUCCCACGCGCGCGUAGAUGCCGGCGGCACGGGAGGAUUGUCCGAGCCCAGUGCCUACGGGCGCCGGAUGAGCUUUGAUUAUGGAGAAGAGGCGGAGACGCCACCGAUGCACCAUUCACACCACUCGGGCAGCGAGGAUUCAGACCGGGGUGACGAGCCCGAGGAUCUCUUUUUCCACCCGGGCAUGCGGCCCCUCCCACCAGCUCCCGUGGAACCCGCGAACAAUGCGACGCUGAUCCCCCAUCUGAUGCCGGCCGGGACGUACCGGCACCAGGAGCAGGAUGACUGGCAGGGUGCUACACAGUAUAAUCCCUCCUACUUCCCGGUUGCUGAAGACUCGUACAGGCCGGUCGUGCCGAGCGCUUCUCAGGUCCCACGGUCGACUUCCCUGUCGAGUCAUCCCAUUGGACCCCGUACUGACCCCCCCAUCAGAUCCAAGACCGAUGCGGACCGGGCCAAGUACAGGCAGCAGCAAGAGCUGCUACGGCCCCAGUCCGGCGCGCUCCAGCUAGAUGUGGAGACGGCGGCGGCGGCUAUGACGCUGGACCUCCCCACAAUCCCUGCCGGGCGUCGCAAGAAGUUCAACCCGGCCAAGCUGUCCUCCGAGCAAUUCCGGCGCUGCUCCGAGCCGUGGGCCUUGAGCGCCGUGCUGGCGUGGGUCCGAGAGCUGAGCGAGGACGAGACAGACCUCAAGGAGCAGGCUGUGGUCGACGCCAUCGUGGCCUUGUUCACCCACAAGGUGCCGACGAUGAACAUCGCCGACGCGGAGACGCUGGCCGCCCGCGUGGUCAAGAGUAUGCUGGAGGAGGAGGCCCUGGUGAAGGAGGAAGAAUGGGUCAAGUUUAGCACAGGCUCGCUCUCGGGAGUGCUCUUCCAGAUCACGGGCACCGGGUGCUACUCGUCCAGGCUCCAUGAGCAAGGGGAGGGGGAGGUCUUUGGCCGGUGUUACUCCUACCACUGCAUGCGGACCUUGAAGAAGGUGAACCUCAAGGCCCAGAUGAUGGAGCCGCAGAAGAAGGCCGAAGACUGGGUGACGUUCUACAAGGUGCCGAAGGAGGUGUGGGAGUCAUACCCGAAGAAGGAGAUCGACCGCCAGAACAACUUGCACGAGGUGGUGACUACGGAGGAUGCCUUCAUCGGGCAGCUCGAUGUCUUGCGUGAGCUCUACCGAGAUCAAUUGCUCGUCGUACAGCCGCCGAUCGUCCCCUCCAAGCGCCUAAAUAAGUUCCUGACCGACGUGUUUGGAAAGGUCGACUCGGUGAAGCGGGUGAACGAAGAUCAUCUCCUAGCACAGCUCAAGUAUCGCCAGAAGGAGCAGGGCCCUUUCAUCGUAGGAUUUAGCGAUAUCUUCCGGGAAUGGAUUCGCAAGGCAAAAACUGUUUAUAUCGAUUACGCGGCGACCUUCCCGUAUGCCAACUACCUGGUGCGCAAAGAGGCCGAGCGAAACGUCCACUUCCGGCAGUUUCUGAACCAGGUUCGAGACCACAAACUCUCCAAUCGCCUCAGUUGGGAUACGUAUCUCAAGGCCCCCAUCACGCGCAUCCAGCGGUACACCUUGCUCCUCUCCACGGUCCAUAAGAAUAUGCCCAAGGACACAGAGGAAAAGGUCAACGUGGCCCAGGCAAUCGAGGAGAUCAAGCUCGUGGCGCUAGAAUGUGACAACAAGGUCGGCGAGAUGAGCAAGAAGGUGGACCUGAUGGAGCUUUCAUCGAAGCUGCAGCUGCGUCCGGAGAUGAAGAAGGAGGUGGAGCUGAACCUGGAACAUCUCGGUCGUCAAAUAGUUUUCCGAGGCGAUUUGCAGCGACCGGGGACGAGGACUCGGUUUCUGGUGGACACCCACGCCAUUCUACUCGACCACUACUUGGUUCUGGCGAAAGCCGUCGCAGCCAGGGACCGCACCGUCAAAUACGAGAGUUACGAUGUCUCGAAGCUGCCGAUCCCCAUGGACCUCCUGGUCCUGGAGAGCACCAACGAUGACCCUGUCGUAAAAUCUGCCGUUCGUGGUGUCGCAUCUGUGACCCCCCCACAGGCCGUGGCGCGUGGUGCUGUGGGUACGCCUUCGAACCAUGCCCCCGGUGGCAAUUCGCCUAUGGUGCCGGCCACAGUGUUGGAGAAUCCCAAGGAUGACAAAAUCCUAUACCCCUUCAAGAUCCGGCAUCUGGGGAAGGCUGGAACCUACACGCUCUAUGCUUUUUCCGCCCAGAACCGACAGGAUUGGUGUGAGAAGAUCAUCGAAGCGAAGACGAAACAUGCGGCCGCCUUGUACACUCAGAACGCUGAGCCGUUCAGACUUCGGGUUCUGGCGGACGCCGCCUUCGCCAACUCCGAAUUCUCGUCCAUCAAGCCCGUUACUAUCGAGGGCACACCUCUCGACCGAGCCAUCAAAGAUGUCGAGAUGCGGUAUCCCGGGUCCAAGUCCCGCCCCUCGCCAGCCUGCAGGGCUUCGGUCCACUGUGCCACGGUUUUCCAGCAGCCUCCCGGCCGGAUGAGGUGUGCCAUUGGCACCGACUAUGGCGUGUAUAUCUCAGAUUACAAUGACCCUCGUGGUUGGACCCGAGCUAUUCCAAUCGUUCGCGUUACUCAGAUUGCCGUUUUCGAGGAAUUCAACAUAUUCCUUCUGAUCGCUGACAAAUCCUUGAUUGCCUACCAUUUGGACGUGGUAUGCCCGGCCAGUGGCGUUGCAACCCAGACAGCGAAUGACUCUGCUCGCCGAGCGCCGCAGAAGUUAUCUGGUAACCGGGAAGUUGGUUUCUUCGCCGCUGGACACAUGAAGGAUCGCACAUUGGUCAUGUACAAGAAACGGGAUGGACUGUCAUCUACCUUCAAGGUCUUGGAGCCGGUCCUGCAAAAGUCCUCAACAAGUAAAUCUCGUUUCUUUUCUCGUCGCUCGCAGACAGAGUUUUUCCGUGAAUUCGACGAGUUCUAUAUUCCCGCUGAAAGUUAUGGCAUCAACAUGUUCCAUUCCUCUUUAGCCAUUUCCACCCAUCGAGGCAUCGAGAUCCUCACCCUCGACAAGAAACAGACAUGGUCUGUUCCCGAAUUCCGCUCGGAGGUGCCGGAGGCGCAGGCCCAACUAUCGAGCAUAGCCAAUCGUAUUGGCACUCUCCGCCCGCUGGGGAUGUUCCGCCUCAGUGAUAGCGAAUUCCUAGUGGUCUACGAGGAAUGCGCUGUCUAUGUUAACAAACAUGGCGAUGUAUCCCGCAGUGUAGUUAUGGAAUUUGUUGGACGUGCGCAUUCAGCAUGCCUCUAUGGAAAAUUUCUGAUUCUUUUCAACGAAGACUUUGUGGAGGUACGAAAUGCAAUGAAUGGCCGUCUACGCCAGGUCAUCCCCGGCCACAAUCUCGUUUGCCUCGACGAUGGCAGCAGCCCCGCUGGGCCGGGGGUCAGCAGUACUCCCACCUCUGCUGGUGAUGCGGUGAACCUAUCCAGUGGAUUGUCCAACGGGGUCUCCGUGUCGAAUGGCGGUCGCACAGUCAAGAUUUGCAUGCAGCAUCCCGAGUACGAACGGAGUCUGAUCGUCCUUGAGCUGAUUGAAAACGAAGGGCAGAAGGAAUGA